AGUAGACGCGUUGUGCGUAUGCGCAGAACGGAACGUGUUACCACUACGGCUUGAGUAUUGACUGAUAUGUAGCAGUGCUUGAUUUACUCGUGUGGGGCAGAUUAACCGGUGAUUUAUUAUUUUAGCAACUUUACUCGUUUGUAAACUGUUUCCUCGCUUCCGCGUAGAGGCACGCCCACUUCCUGGUAGCCUCGCGUCCACCUCCGGCUGUCGUUUGCAGUAGAGCUAUCAGAGUGGCCACAACAGUCCGAUGAGAGUGUUGGUGACAGGAGGCUCUGGCUUGGUGGGCAGGGCCAUACAACAUGUGGUCAAAGAGGAAGGAAUCAGGAAAGAAGAAGAAUGGAUCUUCCUCUCCUCCAAAGAUGCCAAUCUCAAGAGCAGGGAGGAGACGAUGGAGGUGUUUAGGAAAUAUCAGCCAUCCCAUGUUAUCCACCUGGCUGCCAUGGUGGGGGGACUUUUCAAGAACAUGAAGUGUAAUCUGGACUUCUGGAGGAAUAACAUCUACAUCAAUGAGAAUGUGCUGCAGGCAGCACAUGAAGUCGGUGUGGUCAAGGUUGUUUCCUGUCUAUCCACCUGCAUAUUUCCAGAUAAGACCACCUAUCCCAUUGAUGAGAAUAUGAUCCAUAAUGGCCCACCGCAUGAGUCCAACUUUGGCUACGCCUAUGCAAAAAGAAUGAUAGAUGUCCAAAACAGAGCCUAUUUCCAGCAGCAUGGACGUCACUACACAGCUGUGAUCCCCACUAAUGUGUUCGGUCCCCAUGACAACUUCAGCAUUGAAGAUGGUCAUGUGCUACCAGGUCUAAUUCACAGAGCUUACAUUGCCAAAGAAGAGGGGAAGCCCUUGGUUGUCUGGGGCUCAGGUACCCCAAGAAGGCAGUUCAUUUACUCUUUGGACUUGGCUCGCCUCUUCCUUUGGGUUUUGAGAGAAUAUCCAGAGGUUGACCCCAUUAUCCUUUCUGUUGGUGAGGAAGAUGAAGUAUCAAUCAAAGAAGCAGCAGACGCAGUGGUGCAUGCACUGGACUUUAAGGGUGAAGUGGUUUAUGAUACCAGCAAAGCAGAUGGGCAGUUUAAAAAGACAGCCAAUAAUGCAAAGCUCCGCAGCUAUCUCCCAGAUUUCAGCUUCACACCCUUCCAACAAGCUCUCAAGGAGACCUGUGAUUGGUUUGUUGCCAACUAUGACACAGCUCGUAAGUGAAAGCAGAUAUCCAUCGGGAAGUAAAAAAGACAAUCUGUUACAAGAUGGUCAUACAGAAGUCGCUAUAGCCGGGCUUGCAUUCCUGGGUGAGCUGGAUGGAGAACCUGCAACAUCUGACUGUGUGAAGAUCAGAUCUAUUUUUUGUUAUUUAUCCAUCGGAUUUCCACCUGUUUGUGACUUUUCCACAUUAAAAGGCCAUGGCCA